AUGGCGACGUCCUUUCUCAACCACGUUUUUGCGAGAAAAGUAUAUGCUUUAUAAAGUUAAAUUAACGUGUUGAAAAAACAAACAAUUCUAAAUUAUAUUCAUUUCUAUUAGCUAUUCUUGUGAAUAAUACUUUAAAACAUAAAUAUAUAAGCAAAAGCGUACUAUGGUUGUCUUUACUUGCGCUAAUUGUGGUGAUUCGGUGCAAAAACCGGCGGUGGCAAAACAUUAUCAGUUCAAAUGCCGAAGCGCAAUUUUUUUAACGUGCGUAGACUGCUUAAAAGAUUUUCGAGGUGAAGAAUAUGUUGCACAUACUAAGUGCAUAAGCGAAGCAGAACGUUACGGUGGAAAAGAUUAUGUUCCAAAAGCUAGUGCAAAUAAAGGUGAACGCAAACAGCAGGAAUGGUUGUGUGUUGUUAACAAUUUGCUGAAUGGAUCAACAGAAUUAUCUAAUGCAGAAAAAAAUUUUCUCAACACUUUAUCAAACUAUGAAAACAUACCAAGAAAGAAAGCUAAAUUUCUUAACUUUAUACGAAAUGCAAUAGGCAGUCGCUUAAAUAUGUCAGUUGUAGAUAGCGUCUGGGACAAAAUGGAGACUGCAUAUAAACAAAACCAACAGCCUAUUAAACAGACUCAAUCGAGACAAAAACAGUCUCAAAAACAAGAUAAUGGAGAAAUGACAUUAACUCAGAAUACAAAUUCUGAUACUUCAUUAGCUAACCAGGAAAAUGUUAUCGAGAACGAAAACAAUGAAAAUAUAAGCAAGGAGAAAAAUUCUGUGAUUUAUCAAAAUGGAAACAAUAAAGAAUAUAAAGCUACUGACAACGGAAUAUGUGAAAAGCAGCAAAAAAAAUCGAAAAAAAGAAGAUUGAAACCAACUGAUGUUCAGUCUGAAGAUAAUCAACCUGCUGCAAAGGUUUCAAAAGCAUUUAAUGUAAAAGAAACUAAAGAUGAAAGUGAUAACGUUCCUUUUGACUGGAAAAAGAUUAUUGUAGACAUUGUACAAGCUAGGAGUAAGAUAUCUUUAAAAAAAUUACAAAGCAAGACUAUUAAGAAAUAUAUACAUUAUAUUUCUACUUUAAAUGAAAAUACAUAUGAGCUAACUGAUGAAGAACGUGAGAAAACUGUUGCUAAAUUUAACAAAGCACUGAAAAAACUGAAGAAAACAUCUGCAGUUAUUGUCUCAGAAGAAACUGUACAAUUACCUAAUUAAUUAUACACAAUCAGAUAUUAUUACUUGAUUAUUUUUUUAAAUGAGUAUUAAGAAUUUUUUUUAAUGAGUAUUAAGUUCAAAACUAAAAUCAGAAAAUGAAAAGUAAACAAUGUGAUAAAUAAACAUUUUAUGUAACUGUGUAGUUACAUAUCAAAGGUUAUCAGCAAUAAAGUAAUUUGUCAAUAACA